AUGUCGUUCGACCGCCUACAUCCUGAAAUAUGGGACCACAUCCUCAGCUUCCUCACUGUGCCAUAUUUCAGGCCGUUAUCAGGAUGGACGAAAGAAGAGGCGGUCGGGGAGGGUUCGCAGGUCGUGGCUCGUCUGCCGAACGCUGGAGAUGCAGGCGUCACAAAGAGGAGUGAUAUCAGGGUGAAUGCUUUGGCAACACUGAUGCGUACAAGUAUUGCAUUCAAUAAACUCGCUUGUCGCCCCCUAUACACGCGGAUCGUGACGGACAGAUGGGCGGAGCUCAGUCACGGGGUCCAACACCGUGGCCGCGCCCAUCCCUCUCUCGAGUCCCCCUUUGAAUUGCUCGAAUACACCACGCACCUACAAAUCGAAUACCGCCAAAAGUUCGGAGAGGUAUCUUACUUGGAUAUCUUUCGCGGUGACUGGCGGAAUUGGCUCGUCGUCAGCGCGGUCUCCCCAUUCGAGGCGGCCAUGAUCCGAGGGGUUACCGAGAUUGACGACGAUCCCUCAACCCCUCUCGGCACACUUGUGGUUGCCUUCGGACCGGUACCCUUUCCCAACAUCACUCACCUCACCGUCGGCGCAAUAUUUGGCGGGCAAGACGCGGUAUGGGAUGUCGCGGCGGACUUCCGUUUGGCACCUUUUGGGCAUCGCAAGACCCGCAUCGACCCAGAGGUGAUAGUAUGGGAUGUAUUGGCGGAUAGCAAGCGGAAGAUGGAGGAGAUGUGGCGGAGGACGCCGCUCCAGGAGUACUGCCAGAGGGGCAACGCCGGUCCCCUCAGUCUUCCGCCGGGGGUUCACUGGACCAGCCGACCCCUUAUCCCCUCUCUUCCUCCGCCAAUCUUCAACUUUCACUUCCACGUCGGAAUGCAAAGUAGCGAAAUCCCAAUGGGCUGCCCUCUUCCUUGCCGCUGGCUCCAGGACGUCCUCGACCCCACGCGUCCGCCUCACUCCGUUCUCCCCGUCUUUCGCAAAGCCCUUAAAAUGAACUACAAUCUCCGACAUGCGGCAUGGACGGAUCCCGAACGCAACAUCCAUAUCGAUCUGGACUACCAUCUCGAUAUUUUUGCGAACCCAAGUGACUUCCACACGCCCUACUACGCGGCGGCGGAUUCGGGCAUGGUGAAAAAGCCUCAUACGGCGGCACUGAAGAAGGCAUUUGACGAGAAGCAGAGGGCGGAAGCGGCUAGAUUGCAGAAGACGCUGCAUAAGGACGUGCCCGCGCAGCAUUUCUUGAAGCGUGUGGCAAAAGAUGUCAUCGUCUGGAAGCCUGCGGUGGACUUUCCGCACUGCGCGGCGUGCGGGUGGAACUAUGGGGAAAGACUGGGGAAGGGCUGUUGA